AUGAAAAUGGCAACUGCUGAGACUAUUGUAUUUAUAAAUAAAAAUAUAGGUUGCACAUGGUUUGCCUUCUAAAAAGGAAGUAAUAAGUUCUAAAAGAAUUUUUCCAGGUAUUUUAGAGAUUGAAUAUAAUUAGAGUAACAUAAUAGAAAGGGAGCAUUUCAACUCACUUGGGAUGUUCAAGGAGUAUUUCCAAAGAUUGCUUAAAAAAUUGGAGUGAAACCUGUGCCUGAUGAUCCUCCAUUAGUAUAAAAUAUAUAAGAUUCAGCCCCCUAAACCAAAAUAUAUUCCGCCACCAUUGCCUUAGAAUUAUGUGCCUCCUCCGAUAAAAAAAUAAGGCAAAAAGACUGGGAAACCAUUACUAGUCCCUGAGAGGUAAAGUUAUGAAGAGAGCAUUGCAAAAAAAACAAUUAGGUAAAGCAGAAAAUCACUAUCAAAUACAAACUAUGGCAAAGAAUAUGGCAGUUUUUAUAGUAUGGAUAGAUGUUUUUUGAAACGUGAUAAAGAAUUCAUCAAAAAGGAGGUUAAAGGAUAUGGUAAUAUGAUAUAAUAGAAUUGCAGGUAACUUUUAUGAGAAAUCACCUGAAGGGAGAUUUGUACAUGUUCCAAUGCCUCCCUUAUCGUAUAAGUAUUAAUAUGUAGCCUCAACAGAAUUAUGA